AUGACAUUUUCCCAAAUGACCGACACAAAGCUCGCCAAGGCGCUGUGGGAUGGCCAUGUGCCUGUGUGCUUCAACAUCGAUGCCUCCGAAAUCACGACGCUUCAAGUCCCCCGUCCAUACUACGCCAUGGUCCCUCGAGUGAGCUCUGUCAUGUGCGCCACCACGGAUGCCGUGAUCAACCACUUUAAAGACGUCGCGCCGCCAACGCUGUCUAGCCAGCUUUCUCGCUUCGUAUGGUUCGAGUUCAAGGGUAUGCCUCUGAAAUGGCAGUUGCCAUUCGGAGUCCUAUAUGACUUACACGGCGACGGCAUGCUACCGUGGGCGAUCACAGUGCAUUUUCAAGGCUAUCCAUCGCAGCAUUUGCUCCCAUGCGACAACCUCCAAGCAGUCGAAAUGCACUUUAUGAACUGCUACAAGCAAGUACGUCGGCAAUUGUCGCUGAUCCAACGCUGCCGCAGUUCCAUUACAGAUAACUAUGGCGAUCUGCUCACUUGGUUUGUAGUCGAUGUUUCUGUUGUUCGGCAGCACCAAGUGGAUCAUGAACUUGCCCCAACAAAAGCACACACAGCUCUGGAAAAGUCUCGUGAAGAAUGACUUUGCCAUGUAUCAAGCGGUGCACGGGGCGGUGGUUCCCGCGACCGAGCCGAGGCGGCACAUUCCGCUGCGCGUGCUACUCCCGCACGAAGCCACGAUUCAACUCCCGCUUCCUUCAAGUACCAUCCCCCCGUCCUAGUGUGCUUUCUCAAUAUCACAUGCUCACAUGUCUCCUCCUCAUAGGCUUGGAGACAAUCCGAUCUGCGCUAGUGUAUCUGUUACCACAAGUGGACAUCGACGCUGCGGCCGUUCGCGUGCACGGCAUCGACGUCGAACUGGAUCUGUCGAUCAGCGAACUCUACAGGCACUUUGCCUACCCCGAUGGAUUUUUGUACAUUGCCGUCCUUCCUUAAGUUAAUUUGUUUGGCCGCCCUGUGUCGUCUACCCCAA